AUGCCGUCCCUCACAGAUCUCCCCAACGAGCUGGUCCUCAUACUCGUGGACCAUCUCAACUGUAAUCCCGACGCAAACCAUGUUGCCGUGACGUGCCAUCGUCUGUACCAAAUCAUAACACCAUACCUCUAUCGACGAAAUGUUCGCCUCUUCCACGGCCGAGGAAUCUACCCGGCCAUCGUGUCUGGCAGUGCACCGGCGGUCUCAAACUUCCUUCCUAAUGGAGUGAACAACGAGGUCUGGGCCGGUAAACCAGCUCGCCUGAUGGAGUGGCGGCUUAGCCCGCCUUCCAAUCGUGCAAAACCAAUCCCCAAAAAACAUACCGCUAAAAAAGAUAGACGCGGGAAAUCGCAUGGUAUCCGCAUCGAGUCAUUCGGUAGCAAGUCUGAACCCAACUCUCCUCUCUUUGUGCAGCCUACAUCUCCGAACCAAGUGGAUUCCCAAGCGACGACGUUCGGUACCACAUUAUACCUGGCUUUACAAAGGGCAUGA